CAGAAACAAACGUACCCAGAAGCGCUACAUGGCAUCUUGCCCGAGGCCUCAUCCCCUUCAUCCGCAAGGUAACAAAGAACGAAAGCUGCCUCAGUUGCGUCGCACCCCCAUCUUCCUGGUGACUAUCUACUUCCAUUCCCUUCUCACCUUCCACUCCAUUCCAUUCCCUCAAGCUUAACAAAAGAGAUAGAAUGGCUUCCUACUCUCGUUUCUCUCUCCCUCUUCUCAUCUCUCAUCCGCCCCCUAAAAGGUCGUCUUUUCACAGAUUCCUUUCGUUGUCACCGACGGUUCUUUCGGCAUCAAAGCAGUGCGGACUCCAGCAUGCACUUUCGAGAACGGAAAAUGGUUGGCGAGGCUUCCUGCGCAAUGGGAGUCCAGAAAUAGUGGUGCCAAGAUCGGUGCCAGUUCGUGUUGCGCACGAGCUUCUUCAAGCUGGUCAUCGGUAUCUGGACGUCAGGACGGCGGAUGAGUUCAAUGCCGGACAUGCAGUGGGUGCUAAAAACAUCCCUUACGUGUUCAAGGUUGGGUCAGGGUUCGCAUUUUACACAGUUGUUGGAGCAAGUCAUUUAGCAGCUUACUUAUUGGGGAUUAGGAAAAAUCCUAACUUCUUGAAGGAAGUGUUACAAGUUUUUGAGGAGGAUGAUGAGAUAAUCAUUGGAUGCGAGAGUGGGAGAAGAUCGCUCAUGGCUGCAGCUGAACUAUCCUCUGCUGGUUUUACAGGCAUUACAGACAUUGGAGGUGGUUAUUCAGCAUGGCUACAGAAUGGACUCCCAACCGAGCAGUGAAAAUGAUCUGGCUGGGACAUUUAGAGGUGUAUGUGUUUCCAUGGUGGAAAAAUGAGACAUGACGGCAGCUUCCUAAUAAUGGUUUUGGGCACAAAUACUUCAACCUGUCAUCAUCCCAUUUUUCCUCCUAAUGGUAGUUAGCCUCUUUCGCAGAAAGAAAAUUAUAUAUUAGCAGCUAAUAAUCAGCAAGCAGAUGUCUGUAUAGGUUGGAAGUACAUAUGCAUGAAGAAAUUCUUUGUGCUAUAAUAAAUUUCUUGAAGCUAUUUAGAAAGCGAGCAAGGAGAUAGAUUAAGCACCAGAGGACCACGAUUAAUGAGAAGCCACUUUAUCCUCGAUUACGACCAGA